AUGAAGCCAAAUAAUGGCUUUGUUAUAAUUACGUUAGCCAGAACGGUUGAGACCGAAGUGAAGCUUCUUGAAUACUUAGAUAGUCACAAACCGGAAGAGUGGUCCCUUUCCCAUUUUCUGUUGCUUUACCGUGAUAAAAUUCUUAAAGCCCCUCCAUUCCACCACGACUGGCGUGCUCUUGAUGGAGCGUGGACGAGGAGGUUUAUACGGGCAGUCCAAGAACGAAACGAGAAGAUUGAUCUUCAAACAAAGGUUAAUUCUGAGAGUAACCGUUUGUAUUGGGCAGCGAUUAUUCUUGAUCGCAUGAAAAUUGAAACGAAGUUAGUGACAGACAAAGAAGGUCUCCACACUCUUCAAACGUCAGUACAGUUUCAUGGAGAGAGUAUUCGUAAUGGCUAUGAACGGGGUUCCAACGAAGCGGAUGACGAGGCACAGUUCGGAUAA